CUCUGCGGCGUCGCUUCACUGCAUCUGUGGCUGCCGGUGAGGGACAAACCGAGAGGUCAAGCAGCAGCACUUUUCAUCAUAAAUCCUGGAGAAAAAAAUGCUUUAUGAACAGUAAACUAUCCGACAGAAGGAACUGCGUGUGAACAAUAUUCAGUAUCAGAUCACCCACUAAAUCACUUCAGUCCACAUCCAGAUUAAUGACUUCACCCUGCUGUCGGCAUCUGUAAUCCUCGAGUGUGUGAUAUUCUGUACACGCACUGUGCAUUCGUAGGCUUCUGUGAUUGAGAGUGUGUCAGAGGACUGUCAUACCGAGGUGUGAAAAAGGUCUGGUGAUGUCAUGUUUAAAAGCCUCCCACCACCUGUGGACCUGUCUAAGAGCGUCCACCAUGUUGUCCCGAUUGAGAACCACCUGGUCCCUGAGGCCCUGUGUCUCUGUUUGCAGAUGGGCACACACCAAAGAGAAAGGAAAGCCCCUCAUGCUCAACCCUCGCACUAACAAAGGCAUGGCCUUCUCUCUAGAGGAACGACAGAUUUUGGGGAUUCACGGUCUGUUACCUCCCAAAGUGGAAACCCAGGACACUCAGGCCAUGCGCUUUCAGAAUAAUCUGAAGAAGAUAACUGAUCCCUUACAGAAGUAUGUCUACUUGAUGGGCAUCCAGGAAAGAAAUGUGAGGCUUUUCUACAGGGUGUUAAUGGAAGACAUCGAAGAAUUAAUGCCAAUAGUCUACACUCCCACUGUAGGCCUGGCCUGCACACAGUAUGGACACAUCUUUAGAAGACCUAAGGGCUUGUUCAUUUCCAUUCGGGACAGAGGACACGUCCGUUCCAUCCUGGAAAACUGGCCAGAGACCGAUGUUGCAGCAGUAGUAGUGACUGAUGGAGAGCGUAUUUUAGGAUUAGGAGACCUGGGGGUUUAUGGAAUGGGAAUCCCUGUUGGAAAACUCUGCCUGUACACUGCCUGUGCCGGCAUCCGACCUGAGAAGUGUCUGCCUGUAGCGAUAGAUGUUGGAACAGAUAACGAGACUCUCCUGGAGGAUCCGCUGUACAUGGGCUUGUACCAGAAGCGAGAUCGCUCUCAAGCCUACGACGAUCUGAUUGAUGAGUUUAUGGAAGCUGUGGUGGAAAGAUACGGACAAGACACACUGAUCCAGUUUGAGGACUUUGGGAACCACAACGCCUUCCGCUUCCUCAGGAGAUACAGGGAGAAGUACUGCACCUUCAAUGACGAUAUCCAAGGUACUGCUGCUGUAGCCCUUGCUGGUUUGUUGGCAGCUCAAAAAGCCGUUGGAAAACCGAUCACUGAACACAGAGUGCUUUUCCUGGGAGCUGGAGAGGCUGCUCUUGGUAUUGCCAGUCUGAUUGUAAUGGCCAUGAUGGAGACGGGGAUGAGCCAGGCUGAGGCCAGAAGUAAGAUCUGGAUGUUCGAUAAACAUGGCUUACUAGUAAAGGGCAGACCACAGGAAACGGACUCAAACCAGGAGGCAUUUGUCCACGACAGUCCAGGAGACGUGCAGAGCUUCCUAGACGCCGUCAACACCAUCAAACCAACAGCCAUCAUAGGUGUGUCGGGGGCUGGACGUCUGUUCACUCACGACGUCAUCAAGUCCAUGGGAACCCUGAACGAACGACCAAUCAUCUUCGCCCUGAGUAACCCAACUACUAAAGCAGAGUGCACGGCAGAGGACGCCUACACCCUUACUGAUGGUAGAUGUCUUUUUGCCAGUGGCAGUCCAUUCGGUCCAGUGACUCUGAGUGAUGGCCGUGUCUUCACUCCUGGACAAGGGAACAAUGCUUACAUCUUCCCAGGUGUGGCCUUGGCUGUGAUCUUGAGCGGAGUGAGACACAUCAGUGACACCGUCUUCUUAGAAGCUGCCAAGAACCUCUCGGAGCACCUGACUGACAAAGACCUGGAAGAGGGCAGACUCUAUCCUCCUCUCUCCAACAUCAGAGAGGUUUCCAUCCAGAUGGCUGUCAAGGUGGUGGAGUAUGUCUAUGCUAAAGGCAUGGCGUUCCGCUACCCUGAGCCUAUGGACAAGGACAGCUUUGUACGUGCAACUGUGUGGAACACCGACUAUGACUCCUUCCUACCAGAAACCUACGACUGGCCAGGCGUCAGCUUCACCCCCAAGACUAAAUAGAAGUGUAACAGACCCUCACUGUGCUCUGUUUCACAAUGUCCCUCUUCCUUUGUUUCCCACUCAAACCUCAAUCACAGAUCUUUUGAGAUGAUCACUGUUAUCUCAGUGCAAACAUCAACUUAGAUAGUAGAAGCUCCCUGCUGUCUUGUUGCUGCAUUUGCACCAAAUCAGUCUUACUAGAUCUGUGAAAUUGUAGAUUGAGUGAACUUUGAAAGAUGACAUUCAAGGUGAAAAAGCAAAUUUCACUUCACAUCCAUCUUUUAGUCACUUUUGCGUCACAUGAAUACCUAAGUAACACCUGGAGGGCCCUCUGGUGGUGGCAAAAAGGCAGUGCAGAUAUCUGGUUUCAUUGUUGAAACCUUGCAUCUUAAUCAUCAGUACUUUCUCUGAAAAUGAAAAUAGGAAAAAUAACUUUAGAAGCCAACUUGUUUCUUUACCUAAUCAACUUUUAAAUCGUGCUUUUAAAGGGUUAAGUUACUAAUGUGUACUGAACGCCAUGUAAAGUACAAUUAUCUGCUCAGCUACAUACAAGGAAGACACUCCAUUUUAAACAUAAUGACUGAAACUAGUUUUGUUAUUCACUCCUGAUGCACAGCUGCCCACUCCUCAUGUCUGCUGCUAUAAGCUUUUUUAACAAGCAUAUGUAUGGACAUUGCUUUUUUUCCCACAUCAGGCGGGCCUCUGGUGACUUCACUAACCCUUCACUAACAUCAAACAUAUGUUUCGAGAAUUACUUUGACUUAGAUUUAAUCAGGCCUCGCUGCCUAUCAGUGAAGGUUUAGCAAAGCAGAAGUUGAAAGAAUUUGGCCAUCAUUUUUAAAGUAGUGAGAAAGAGAGAAAACGUGUUACUCAGGGGAGAAAGAGUGAUGUUGGAAGGAAGGAUCUCGGGGGGGAAAAAAUGUAUAUUUUAUGAAGGGAAAUUAUAGUUAUGUUUAAAAACACUUGGGGGGGAUACAAUGUUCACUCCAGUAACUUUUUGUUCAAGCACUCUCAAACAUUGUGUUUUUCUCUCUGAAUUGAUUUUAUGUUGUGGGGGGGGGGUUAUUCAGUAUUCAGGUGUUUGUGCAUUGUGAUGUAUAUUAAAUACAAAGCUUUUCAUCAACACUCCUUAAAUGAGUCCAUCCCGUUAAAAGAAAUCACUUUUUGCCCAAGUGUGAUCAACAAAAUAUAAACUUUACUAAAUAUUUAAGAAAAAAUGUGCAGUCAAAUUAAUUGAUGAAGAGAUUUUUUUAAACUAUUUUAUUUAAUGUACAUGUUCUUUUGUGGAAAGUGAGACGGUCUGCUGAAGGAAUAUUUAUAAAGUUGUGUUAAGUACAUC